GCUGAAACCGUUCGCCUCGUUCUCGUUUCAUGCUUUUUGACCUUUUGUUUGAGCCUCAACAAUGCCGACCUUCAUCAAAAGUGCGGCGCGCUCCGCCCGCUGGCUCCCGCGCAUAACGCCACGAUCGACAGCGAGUGGACACAAUGCCUUUUCGACUUCAGCACAUCGCCAAUUAAUGGCCAUGGCUGGGUUUACAGAAUCCCAGCUCAUGGUACGAGAUGCUGUGACGAAAAUAUGCUCCAAUUUCCCAAAUACAUAUUGGCAGCAACAUGACCAGAUGGAGGAGUAUCCCAAGCAGUUCCACGCUGCUCUCGCGCAAGACGGAUGGCUCGGUAUUGCCCUACCAGAGGCGCUCGGAGGAGCCGGACUUGGUAUUUCCGAAGCGACCAUGAUGAUGCAGACAAUUGCCGAGUCAGGGGCAGGUAUGGCGGGCGCGCAGUCCAUUCAUGCCAACGUCUAUGCCACCCAACCGCUCGCAAAGUUCGGAACGCCGGAACAACUUGAAGAGACCAUUCCGAACAUCAUCUCAGGAAAGCUCCGCGUCUGCUUUGGGGUGACCGAGCCUAACGCCGGUCUUGACACGCUGCGCCUAGAGACACUCGCCAAGAAGCAAGAUGAUGGUUCAUACUCGGUAUCGGGACAAAAGAUCUGGAUAACGUGUGCCCAGGUGGCGGACAAGAUGCUGCUUCUGGCGCGAACCACGGCGCUUGAUGAGGUGAAGAAGCCGAGUGAGGGACUGUCUCUGUUCUGCAUCGAUCUGAACAGAGGAGACCACCGGUUGAAAGUGAGCAAGAUCAAGAAGAUGGGCGGACGCGCUGUUGAUGCCAAUGAAGUCUUUUUCGAGAACUACCCGAUCCCUGGCGAAUCUCUCAUCGGAAAGGAGGGGCAAGGAUUUAAGAUCAUUCUUCACGGCAUGAACGCAGAACGUUGUCUUCUCGCGGGCGAGGCACUUGGACUAGGAUACGCGGCGCUGGGCAAGGCGGCUGCGUAUGCUCGAGAGCGCGUGGUUUUCCAGCGACCGAUUGGGCAGAACCAAGGCAUCGCUCACCCUUUGGCGGAUGUGUAUAUGAGGCUCGAGGCGGCGAAGCAUGCGACAUACCAUGCCGCCAGGUUGUACGAUGCGAGCAAGACAGAUGGCUCCAUUCGACAGGAGGAAGUCGGAGUGGCUUGCAAUAGCGCCAAAUAUUUGGCGGCGGAGGCAGCCUUUGCGGCCUGCGAAAGAGCCGUACUAACCCACGGCGGGAUGGGAUACGCUGUCGAAUACGAUGUCGAGCGAUACUUUAGGGAGUGUUUGGUACCCAGAAUCGCUCCGGUCAGCCGGGAGAUGAUUCUCAACUACAUCUCCGAGAAGGUACUCGACUUGCCGAGAAGUUACUAAUUGAGAUACCCUCUUGAGACAGUGGACUGCAAUGCAUCCAGAAGCUUUCAAGUCACCCCCGCUGUUUAUUACACUCGCCGCGAUCGAAUCGUCCGGACGGCGGUUGAUGCCUUUGACCAAACCAACUAAGCAUCUGAUGUCGUGACUUGUGAGCUGUCAAUACAAGAGAAAGCAAAAGCAAGUCGGGGGUGUUAAGUUGAAUGUAAGUGAGUCAAUGACCGAUAAAUCGCACCUUCCUUUGCCAACUGUCGUCUUCUAUCGCUCAAGCCCCCCGCUUUCUUUGAUCAUCUGCAGGCAUUAAACGCACAAUAUUUGAUAAGAAAGGAACCUACAGUACGCUUGAUCAAUCGAACUCCUUUCCUAUUACUUCAAUUUGUGACCCAGUCCAACCAGUUGAGCCUCAUCUGAACAAAUCCAGCGACACGGAUCAGCUCCUACCAUAAUUAAGUCAUAUCAAGCCCCAAACAAGUCAUGGAUGGAUACUUGGAUCCCGCCAUAUUUGGGUCUGCUCCGGGUCGACUGUUAGAGAUUCCACUAAAGCCCAAACCACUUGAGCAAGUAUAUGGGCUCAACAUCGAUUCGGUCACAGAGUACACUCUGAUCAACCACGAUGCCGGCCACGACAAGUCGGCACGAUCCAAAACUAUCAAUAAUGACUGUACCCACCCCAGAGCAGUGAGGUUCAGUUGGCACAGCCAGACCAGCGAGACAAUGAUGAAACUGAAGGUCCCUCGAGAUUCUAUCCCUUGCUUGUUUCAUUGGAAGCCGUCUGGUGAGGUAGCCGCAACCAAGGACCAGAACCGCAUAGGCGUGGAUAAGGUAUCUGACCAUGACACAAACGACACCCUUCUGCUGACCCAGAUAUGGAAGGUCGAGAAUACACUCCAGUUUACAAGGAAAAGUGACACAUAUAGCCUGAAACGGAGGAAACACGGGUACAAAUUAACCAUGCGCAGUCGCAGACUCAACGAGCUAAGAACUUGGAAGAAG